GUUUUAUAAGAAAGUGAGCGAUACUCCAAACUGGUUGUGGGUCUAUUUGUGUUUCCUUGAGCAUCUUGAAAGGCGACAUACGAAAUUUCCAUCUUCGUCAUCGUCUAUCUGGAAAUCAAACCAGCUACAAAUGGGAAAUAGAGGAAGAAUUAGUGAUAAAUGGUCCAUGAGGGUUCUCUGGGUUACAGCAAUUGGAAGUGCUAUUGGUCUAUAUAUGGUUGCUGUAGAAAGACAAAUACAGAACAGGGAAAAGAUGAUGGCUGAAUCCCUAAGGGCAGCAGAAGCAGAGGCAAACAAUGGUGGCACAGUUUGAUUGCCUCAUUUCCCAUCUUCUUUACAUAAGCAUGUUAACUGCCCUUACGCCUGCACGAAAGUUGCCGGUUUAGAAUUUUUACCAACCGAAAAAAGCGUGAUUGGGUCGGGACCUUCUCUGAGAUGAUGGUUUAAUAAAUGAGCAUCGAAUUAUAAGAUGUAGAAACCAUAAGCCAUGAGUUCCAUGAGAAUGGUUGUUCUUUGUUGUGGUUCUGUUUAGUUCAUUACCAAUAUGUUUAGAUUUAA